GGAGUUGCAAAAAUGCUUGCCAAAUGCUCUAAAAAGUCCAUGGGCAAAUCAUGCCUUGAAUCUUUCGAUUUCAAAAAGCAGCAGUGUCCAAGCAGUAAGAAAUACUGUAGGUAUAAUGAAGUAAUUGCGUUCUUCAAAGCAUCCGCUAAAAGAAAUACAGUAUUAAAAAGAAAACUAGAUCGAUAUCAAAUUCAUAGUAUGUGCGAAUCACGAUUGACUGAGAGGCAUGAUUCUGUGCGCCAAUUUGAAAGCAAAUUCGAGAAAAUUGUAGAGUUAGUAAAUAUUAUAUAAAAUUGGAAAGACCGCGACGCUUCUUCAAAAGCGGAUUCUUUGAAGACAUUACUUCCACCAAAUUUAUCGUAUUACUAAAGUGUUUGUGUGAUAUAGUAGCUUUCACAGUCAACCUGAGUAAGAUUUUACAAUCAAAAACAAUUGACUAACAAUACGCUGUCAAACUCAUAGGAAAUACUAUUUCAGUUGUACAAGACCGACGCGCAAAUUCCGAGCAACACUUUAGAAUACUAUUCACAUCUAUAAUAAAAUCGCAUUAAACGCUGGGUAUUGAACUGGCUGUGCGAAGAAUAACAAGCAGGCAAAUGAAUAGACCGAACACAGUUACGUCUGACAAGGAAAAUCAUUACAUCCUGAACCUAUGUAUAUGUCCCUUUACUAGAUAAUAUAUUACAGGAUUUGGUAUACCGGUUCAAUGAAGAAUCUUUGAAUAUAUACAAUUUUAAUAUUUUCUUUGCGUCAGUAUUGAAUUCAAAAACUGAAGCUGAAGUAAUGGACAUAUUAGUAAACAAUCUCUAAAUUAAAAGCAGAAUUCGACACUUGGAAGUGACGUACACAAGAUAUUGUAGACAGUGGAAUGUCUCUAUAUUUAUCAUGUGAUGAAAACAUUUUUCCUUCAAGUAAUAUAUGCCUACAAUUAUUUCAUUGCCGGGAUAUUAAAAUAGACGUGAGUACAAUCAUAGGUUGAUUUUGUAAUAUGAGAACACCUGAACUUUGCCUGAGGUUGUCUCUCAAAUCCAUCUCCCUUCUGUUGGCCAAUAAAUAAAAAAGCAGAUGUACUUAAGGGUUUACUGACGUUUAAACCACCACGGUGAUCUUUUCCAAAGUAUCCAAUCAAGAUAAUAUAUUUAUUUAUUGGCCAGCAGAUUGGUAUAAAAGUCUUUUCAAAUUCUGUUCAAAUCACUUUCUAAGCUAAUGUAAUGAUUGUUUUAUUUUUAGAGUGUGAACUGAUGUAGUUUCAUAGUUUAUAUGUUUUUGCUUUUUGAGACUGGCUAAGAGAAUGUAGUUAUGCAAUGAAUAUUUUUUGCGUUUUUCUCAUGUUUAAGAAUUUUAUUUUCAUUUACAUUCAGUUUUAUACUUUAUAGAAAUCGUACCAUAUUUGUUAUUGUUAUUUUUUUCAUGCAGAUGUAUUUUUUGUUGUUUUGUCUGACAUUCUUAUGUAGAAAAGUCUGCGAUAGAUUAUAUUAUUUUGCAUUUUUGUUUUAAUAUAUGAAGAUUGCUCGAGCUUGGUUUGCUUUAUUUAGACUUUGAUUU